AUGACUUCCGCUCCCGAGACAACCUAUCUGGCCAUCCCCGGCUCAGUGGCGUUUUCUCGCUCCCGGGGUCGUGCCAUUGCCUCGAGCCUCGGGGUUCAGGAUGUUCGAGCACAGUGGGUUCACUAUGUGCACACCGUCCAACCUCUCAAGGAAUCUCAGCGUGCGGUGCUGGAGCAGCUGCUUCGUUACGGCGAUAUCACCGACGUCCCCCCUCCUUCACCUCCGACGAUGGACAAUUCGAUACCAACUGGUAUUGCGCAUGUCUGUGGCCUGCGCAAGUACGUGAAACGCAUUGAGCGGGGCCUGAAGGUUUCCUGCCUUCGCAAUGACUCGGAGGAUUACACCGCCGGGUACCUGGACGUUCUACACGACCGCAUGACGCAGAUCAUCAGCCAGGAUGAGCCCGACUUGCAUCUCAUGUUUUCGGAGCACGCACCUCAGCCCCUGAAGACCAUCCCUCUGCAGGGCGGGGAGCGAUCCCCCAAGGAAAUCCUCCAGGAAGCAAACAAGGAAUUGGGCCUGGCCCUGGAUGAAUCAGAGAUCGACUAUCUCGCCGAGGCAUAUGGUCCGAACGGCGCCAUUGCCCGCGACCCGACCGAUGUCGAGCUGUUCAUGUUCGCCCAGGUGAACUCGGAGCACUGCCGCCACAAGCAAUUCAACGCAUCGUGGGUCAUCGAUGGGAAGCAGAUGCCCAACAGUCUCUUUGGCAUGAUUCGUAACACCCACAAGAAACAUCCCAAGCACACCGUCAGCGCGUACAGUGACAAUGCCGCCGUGUUGGAGGGUACUGAAGCCGCAUUCUGGGCACCUGAUACGACCACUGGAGAGUGGACUCACACCAAGGAGAUUGUGCAUUUCCUAGCCAAGGUGGAAACCCACAACCAUCCCACCGCGGUGUCCCCCUACCCCGGUGCGGCUACGGGCGCUGGUGGAGAGAUCCGUGAUGAGGGCGCCGUCGGCCGCGGCUCACGCCCAAAGGCUGGACUUUCAGGUUUCUGCGUUUCCGAUCUCUUGAUUCCUGGACUCAAACAACCAUGGGAGCUCGAUGUGGGCAGGCCGAACCACAUUGCAAGCAGCUUGGACAUCAUGUUGGAGGCCCCCAUUGGCAGUGCUGCUUACAACAACGAGUUUGGUCGGCCAUGCACGGCGGGUUACUUCCGAACCCUACUCACCGAAAUUGACAUUGGCAAUGGACAGAAGGAGCUGCGAGGCUAUCACAAACCAAUUAUGAUUGCCGGUGGUGUUGGAACUGUUCGGCCCCAGCACGCCCUGAAGAACCCCGACGUUGUGAAGCCCGGCUCCUUCCUGGUCGUUCUGGGCGGUCCUGCCAUGCUGAUUGGCUUGGGAGGAGGAGCCGCUUCGAGUAUCACGUCUGGUGAAGGGUCCGCGGAUCUUGACUUCGCAAGUGUCCAGAGAGGCAAUGCUGAAGUUCAGCGGAGAGCCCAGGAAGUUAUCAAUGCCUGUGUGGCGAUGGGAACGAACAAUCCUAUCAAGUUCAUCCACGAUGUUGGUGCCGGUGGCUUGUCCAAUGCACUUCCCGAGCUGAUCCACGACUCUGGUUUGGGGGCCACAUUCGAGCUUCGCGAGGUCGACAGCACCGACAAGAGCAUGAGCCCGAUGCAGAUUUGGUGUUGCGAAGCACAGGAGAGAUACGUCUUGGCUGUCGGUGAAGACAGUAUGAAUAAGUUCACUUCUAUUGCCCAACGAGAGCGCUGUGGGUUCUCGGUUGUUGGCCGUGGAGGUGGCACAUCCGAAGAGGAAAAGAGACUUAUCCUUCUCGACCGGGAUUCUAAGGAAUACCCAGCGCCCAUUGAUCUUCCUUUGUCCGUGCUGUUUGGAAAGCCCCCGCGCAUGACCAGAACCGUGGACUCGCGCAAGCUGAAGCUACCCACAGUGGACUCCAGCCUCACCAAGUAUCUGCCUUCGCUCUCCUCGAAGGUGGAGCUUGUGAGCGAGGCUGUCAACCGUGUGUUGUCUCUGCCUGCUGUCGGCUCCAAGUCCUUUUUGAUUACUAUCGGUGACCGGACUGUCGGUGGCCUCACUGCUCGUGACCAGAUGGUUGGCAAAUGGCAGACCCCGGUGUCUGAUGUGUCUGUUACUGCCACCUCGUUGCUACAGGGCAUCAAAACCGGUGAAGCGAUGGCCAUGGGUGAGAAGCCCACUCUGGCUUUGAUUUCCCCUGCUGCCUCUGCGCGCAUGGCCGUCGCCGAAUCCCUGAUGAACAUCGCCGCCGCCGAUCUGGUGGAACGUCUUAGCCAAGUAAAGCUGUCUGCGAACUGGAUGUCCGCCAGCAACCACCCCGGCGAAGGUGCGGCAAUUUACGAGGCUGUCGAAGCAAUUGGUCUGGACCUGUGUCCUAAGCUGGGCAUCAGCAUCCCCGUCGGGAAGGAUUCCAUGUCUAUGAAGAUGAAAUGGAAGGACCAAAAGUCUAAUGAGGCCAAGGAAGUCACUGCACCCAUGUCACUCGUUAUCUCCUCCUUCGCCCCGGUAGGUGAUUUCCGCAAGACCUGGACUCCAGCUCUUCGUCGUGUCGAGGACGUUGGAGAGACCGUCCUCAUGUUUGUCGACCUUGCUUUUGGUCGCAGGACAUUGGGUGGCUCGGCUCUGGCUCAAGUUUUCAACGAAGUGGGAACCGAAUGUCCCGAUGUUCGCGAUGUCGAUCUUUUCAGAGACUUCUUCGAUGCGACUCAGUCGCUGCAGGACGCUGGCAUUGUUCUGGCUUAUCACGACCGAUCUGACGGUGGUCUGUUGACCACUCUUGCCGAAAUGAUGUUUGCCGGUCGCUGUGGUGUUGAGAUCAUGAUCGACAACAUCUGCGCUUCUUUCCACACCAAGGAUGUUGUUGACACGCUCUUCAACGAAGAACUUGGUGCGGUCUUCCAAGUUCGCAAGGAACACGAAACUCAGUUCCGGUCGUGUUUUGCCACCUGCGGCCCUCCUCCAGGUCUGAUCCACAAGAUUGGACGCGUCUCCGAGAAGACGAAGCAGGACCUGGUCAUCUACCACAAAGCCUCCCUGGUGUACCGCAACACCCGCUCCAAUCUGCAGCAGACGUGGGCCAAUACCUCCUAUCACAUGCAGAAGAUUCGUGACAAUGCCGAUUGCGCCGACCAAGAGUUUGCCAAUAUCCUAGAUGAUACCGACCCUGGUCUCUCGUGGAACCCAACCUUUGAUCCAAAGGAUAGAGGCUUGCCUUUCAUGACCAGCUUGACCCAGUUCUCUCCUUUCACCAAUAAGCCCCGCGUCGCCAUCCUUCGCGAACAAGGUGUCAACAGUCAGGCUGAAAUGGCCUUUGCCUUCAACACGGCCGGGUUCUCCGCCGUGGAUGUCCACAUGACCGACAUCAUCUCUGGCCGUGUCUCUCUCGCCAGCUUUGUCGGCCUCGCCGCCUGUGGUGGCUUCUCCUACGGCGACGUCCUGGGUGCAGGACAAGGUUGGGCCAAGUCUGUCCUGCUGCACGAUAACACCCGCAAGGAGUUCCAGUCCUUCUUCGAGCGCGCUGACACCUUCGCCCUGGGCGUCUGCAACGGCUGUCAGUUCCUGUCUCGUGUCAAGGAACUAAUUCCCGGCGCCAGUAACUGGCCCAGCUUCGAGCGCAACGCUAGCGAGCAGUAUGAAGGCCGUGUCUGUAUGGUACGCAUUUCGGAUCCAGACCCCUCGCGCCCCAGCGUUUUCUUAAAUGGCAUGGACGGCUCCUCGUUCCCCAUCGCAGUUGCUCAUGGCGAGGGCCGCGCGUCUUUCGCUGGCACCCCGGGUGCCUCGGCGCGCGACUUCGUUCGUGAGGGUCUCGCCCCCGUCAAGUACGUGAACAAUGCGACCUUGAAGGCGACCAUGAAGUAUCCCUUCAACCCGAACGGUAGUCCCGAGGGUAUUGCCGGUGUGCGCAGCCCCGACGGCCGCGUUUUGGCUAUCAUGCCGCACCCCGAGCGGACAGUCAUCAAUGGUAUUGCUAGCUGGCUGCCUCCGAAGGCCGAGGGAUGGGGUGAUAUCGGCCCGUGGGGUCGUAUCUUCUUCAGUGCCCGCAGAUGGGUUGGCUGA